AUAGAUACGGUAGCAAAUAUACGUUAGUAUUGCGCUCGGCUGAGUCUCAGUUGCUUAGUGCGUUCGUAUGGUAUACAAGGAUUACCGGGUUUGAAUUCUUGCCUGGCCCGUUAAUGGUAACACACGAAUGAAGAUACAGGUAACUGAAAGGAAUCAUGUCUGAGAUGAAUCACAUUCCGGUUGUUGACCUGAGUAAGUCCAAAACACACCGGAUGGAGGAAGCAAUGAACGUGGUGAAUGGUCUGGAGAAUGUCGGUUUACUGUAUGUUGAUAACAUCAAAGAUUUUGACUUUGACAAACUGAUGACUUGUUGCAGAUGGGUCUUCAAUCAGUCAGAUGACGUGAAAAAUAACAUACUGAAGAAACUUUGGAACAACAGCAAUAAGAACGUCUACCGUGGGUAUUUCCCUGUCAUAGAAAGCCAGGCUAGCAGAAAAGAAGGUUUUGAUUUCGGGAAAGAUAUUGACUGGAGUACCGCCUCUGUAUCACCAGAAAACUGGUUUUACGAAGAAUCUGUUUGGCCAAAAGAGGAUGGAAAGUUUCCUUUCAAGCAAUUUCUUCAAGAUCUUUAUGGCACCAUGCAUGAAACAGCCAUGGAGAUUCUUAGGUUAGCUGCCGUAGGUUUAGGGAUCGAGGAGCACUCCUUUACUGACAUGUUUUCUUACCAGCCUUGUUCAACGUUUCGUCUUCUACACUAUCCUCCAUGGAUUGAUGGCCCGCCGGACAACGCGCGGACGGAGGAUGGGCGGUUGAUGACAACACCAGAUCACACAGACUCUGGAUUCCUUACGCUGCUGGCUACUUUCUCGUUUCAAGGUUUGGAAUAUGUCACCCCGAACGGGAAUUGGAUGCCAGUCAAACCCCGGCCUAAUAGCCUCGUUAUCAAUAUCGGUGAUCUGUUUUCUCACAUGGUUGGUGGACGUUUCAAAGCGACGCGUCAUCGUGUCAUAGAUAUAGGUAUCGAUCGCUUCUCUGUGCCGUUUUUCCUUGAGCCAAAUUAUGAUAGAGAAGUCGGUUUCAACUUAAUUGAACGAAGCGCCGGUGAGGAUGUUAGUUCUUGUGAAAAAUACGGACCGUGGGUAAAUGCGCAGAUGGCACGGAAAGGGUUCUACGAGUUUGUUUCUUUACCAAAGUUUUAGUUCGGGAUAUAUACUUGAUUUGGCAAAUACCUCCGACGUUACUCCGGGAAAGAGGAAACUAUACCGGAAUUUCCUUUAUUAAAACUUUCAAAAAUUAAGAGAUGCAGACCCAGUUUGAAAACAAUUGCAAAGUAAAAGGCACUCUAAAAGAUACUAAACUGAAGAAAGAUGUGAAAGUUUGUGCACGCCGUGAUUCAUAUUUUUCUAGCAAGAAUUUUUGCGCCCCACUCGGGAAAUAUGAUUUACUGAAUCUUAGAAAUUAUAGGAAAAGAGACAUCAGACAAUGACAUUUUUUUUUUUUUUUUUUUUUUUUUGUUGGAAAAACCAUACCAAUCCCUUUCCCUUAAGAUUAUAAUUCUGUACACUCCAAAUUUGAGAUUCUGAACAGUUGGGUAUAAGAGUGCUAGAGAUGUCUCAGUAUUUCUAACAGCUGACUUCACUGACACGGCACAUUGUGGUUUAGUUACACCUGUCAUUUGACUUUUUGUUUAACAAAGAAACAGACGUUUUCGAAAGAUCGCAAAACAAAUUUUCAAUUAUUGUUUGUGUGAAAAACAAAUUUAGCGUUUAUAACUAGAUCCCUGCUUUUGUGGUGGCUUUGCUGUUCAGGGUGUUGUUCCUCUAUCAGCCGUGGAAAUAAUUUGAAAACUAAUAACACUCCUGCAGACUUAAUCUGAAAACAGUGUCUAGGUGUGCAGGCUGUUUAUAACUUUAGCACUUAGGGAAAUGACUGAGCAGAUCAGGGAAGAUGUGGGCGUAAUACGAAUAUAAAUAGAUAAUUAUACUGAUUGUAGUUAAUUAAACUGAUCGAAAACAACAUCAUCUUAACUAAUUACGCAAGGAGAUAUAGUUUAAUCGGCCUCAUCCGUGAUAUGUGCAGUGUGCAAAAGCAUUUAAAACCCGGUCGUUGGUACAUGUAUGGGCAAACUAUCGCUGGUCAGGCCGUUAUGCUGUUGCUUCAAAUUUAAUGAUGAAUUUCUGUAUGUUUUGUAAAAUACAUUAAAGAACGGUUAAAGCA